AUGGCCCGCCCCAAGUUUGCUCUCGUUACUGGAUGCGGGCAAGGUGGAAUCGGAGAGGCACUCGUUAUGGAAUACAAGCGCCUUUCGUUCCAUGCCAUCGCAACCGUUCUCCCCCACGAAUCGAGUCAUCAUCUAUCGCAGGCUGGCAUCACCUGCUUGCCUCUAGACGUAACAGUUGAGGAUUCCGUCUCGGAGCUCAAGUUCAAAAUCCAAGAAAUCACCGGUGGAUACCUCCAUAUCCUCGUGAACUGCGCAGGGAUUGCAUACACCAUGACCGCUAUUGACACAGACGUGUCUUCCGUGCAGCGCAUGUUUGAUGUCAAUGUCUUUGGACCAAUGCGCAUGGUGCAUCAUUUCCAUGACAUGAUUAUCGAUGCAUCUGGCACCAUAGUCAACAUUGGCUCCAUUGGGGGGACCAUACCAUUUGUUUAUGGCUCAUCAUACAACGCUUCUAAAGCUGCUCUGCAGCAUUGGUCUAACACACUGAGAGUCGAAAUGGCCCCAUUUAGGGUUAAAGUAAUUACGGUUAUUUCGGGAGAAGUAAACACGAACAUCCUAAAGUCGGACGCUCAUAGAAGACUUUCAGAAGGGUCUUACUACUCCACCCUUGCGAAGCAAUUUGAGCAGCAUGUCUUGCGAAAGCCGAAAAAUGCCACCGACCGUUUGGAAUUAGCUGAGAACGUCGUCAAAGAGAGCUUAAAGAGCCGCCCGUCUGCUUGGUUCUGGUACGGGAGCUUCAGUACCUUGACCAGAUUUCUCGACACGUUUGCUUGGCGAACCAUAUGGGACUCAAUCCUUUGGAGAAUGUUUGACCUGAAAAAGCUGCAACGGGCUCACGCAGCUAGGCUUCGAGAAGAGAUAACAGAAUGA